AUCGAUAACUCAAACAGUGGAGGCUAGGCUAGCUCGUUAACUCUCUCUCUCUCUCUCUCUCUCUCUCUCUCUCCGUAUCAUCCCGUCACUCAGGUUUCGUGUAAAAUGACAGAGCCAUCCAAAGUCAUUCAUGUGCGCAAUGUGGGACAUGAAAUUUCUGAGAACGACUUGCUUCAGAUAUUCCAGCCAUUUGGGGUUGUCACCAAGCUUGUGAUGCUUCGUGCAAAAAAUCAGGCACUCCUCCAAAUGCAAGAUAUUCCUUCGGCUGUUUCUGCAAUGCAAUUCUACGCUAAUGUUCAGCCUAGUAUAAGGGGAAGGAAUGUUUAUGUCCAGUUCUCAUCACAUCAGGAACUUACAACUAUGGAGCAGAAUUCUCAGGGCCGAGCGGAUGAGCCUAAUCGAAUUCUCUUAGUUACAAUUCAUCACAUGCUAUACCCUAUAACCGUGGAAGUGCUGCAUCAAGUGUUUUCUCCUCAUGGGAUUGUGGAGAAGAUCGUCACAUUCCAGAAGUCAGCUGGUUUUCAAGCCCUUAUACAGUAUCAAUCACGGCAAAAUGCUAUCUCAGCAAGGAGCUCUCUUCAGGGGCGUAAUAUUUAUGAUGGUUGCUGUCAGUUGGAUGUUCAGUUCUCGAAUCUUGAUGAGCUACAAGUGAACUACAACAACGAUCGCUCAAGGGAUUUUACCAAUCCAUCAUUGCCUUCAGAGCAGAAGGGAAGAUCCUCACAAGACCAGGGUGGAUAUGGAGAUGCAGGAAGCAUGUACGCCCUUCAAGCUUCAGGGAACAGAGCAGUUGGAUUUCCGCAGAUGGGCGAUCCAGCAGCUAUUGCAGCUGCUUUUGGAGGAGGUUUGCCGCCUGGAAUAAGUGGAACAAAUGACAGAUGCACUGUGCUUGUAUCUAACCUAAAUCCGGAUAGAGUAGAUGAGGAUAAACUUUUCAACUUGUUCUCCAUCUAUGGAAACAUUGUGAGAAUCAAACUUCUCCGCAAUAAACCAGAUCAUGCACUAGUUCAGAUGGGUGAUGGCUUCCAGGCUGAAUUAGCAGUGCACUUCUUAAAGGGUGCCAUGCUGUUUGGGAAACGUUUGGAGGUGAACUUUUCAAAGCAUGCAACCAUCACGACUGGUGCAGAUACGCAUGAGUAUUCCAACUCAAAUCUUAACCGCUUCAACCGCAAUGCAGCAAAGAAUUAUCGUUACUGCUGUUCACCAACCAAAAUGAUCCACCUGUCCACUCUCCCCCAGGAUGUCACUGAGGAGGAGAUUGUGUCCCACCUAGAGGAACAUGGCCCCAUCGUCAACACCAAGCUCUUUGAGAUGAACGGUAAGAAGCAGGCCCUUGUCCUGUUUGAAAAUGAGGAGCAGGCCACUGAAGCCCUUGUUUGCAAGCAUGCUACCUCCCUUGGAGAUGCAAUCAUCCGGAUCUCAUUUUCCCAAUUGCAGACCAUUUAGGACGCAGCUCAGCUAAUUGGGUAAUGAGUAGCGCGGGGUUGAUCAAAAGAUGUUUAUGUGCCUGUGGUGACGUUUUUUUAAUCUCACUUUUCUUGUAACUGUGGUUUAUUAGUUUUCCGUCAGUGGUGGAUUGCUCUUUGUUUUUGUACUUUCAACUCUUGUUCUCUUCUUUGUGCAUGUACCAGUUAGACCUACCUUAAUGUCAGGCGAAGCUGUCAUUUGCAAAUGCGGCAUCUUUUUAUUAUUGCAUUUUGAAGGGGGACGGAGUGUUUUCUCAUCCAUGUGAGAAUUUUUUUAUCAUUGUUUGUAUCUUGUAGGGUCGGAUAAACAAUUUUUUUCCUCGUAAUCCAAGACUAGCUUGUGCUAUAAAUGAAUUUGUUAAGUGGUCACAA